AUGGACUACACACAGAAGUGGUCAGACCUGGAGGGGUGCAUCAAGAAGUCUGUGAUGACUGAGGAGGAAGAAAAGAAACGAAAAGAGCGCAAAGCCCACCAGCUUCGGAUUAUGGUUGAGCGCGCUGACACAGCGCUUGAAGGGAACAAACGGCUGUUGGAAAAGCGGCGGGGCGAAAUGGAGAUUUGGGAGUCCAGCGACCAAAACUGGACCACUACAGCAGAGCUACGACACCAAAGAGAGGCUCCUUACGACUCAGUAAAACCCAACGGUAUGACUGCUACUUCGUUUACCGCAGCUACCGCUGACGCCAUCGAGUCUCUAAGUGAGGAAGACCUGAAAGCCGUCCUAUCCUUAAUCAAUACCCAAGCGGGCAUCAAUCUGACUAUGGACGAUAUCGAGGCUGCUUUGACCUUGGCCAAAAUCAGUGCUCCCGGUACCGACAAGCCUGCUGCAUCUAUCCGCAAGUCGAAAAAGAAUCCGGCUCACAAGAAAUAUCAAGCCGGUGGGGCUGACAGCCAGCGACAGGAGAGAAGAGAAUACUUGGCUGCGUAUCAGCACCAAUGGCGGGCAAGGCAGCCAGAAGGCCACCGAAAAGCCGAGUAUCGAAAGUAUCUGGCCAAUGAAACUGAUAGCCACCGAGAAGAGAGGCUUCGAAGGAGGAGGGAGAAGAGGAGAGCGAAGAAGGAGGAAGCAGAACGGGCGCAGUAG